AUGAAUACAUUUGAAAAAAUCAGAAGUGGUUUGCAAGUUAAGAUAAACAAUCUAAGGGAUCAUAUUGAAAAAGUUUUGAAAGGCGAGAAAAAGGUAUACAAUACAAAGGAAACAAUGACUUUCUAUACAGAAAUAUUCAAUUAUAUAGUUUAAGGUGAACAAUAAGGACAGAAGAUGUAUGAUUUAUUCAAAGGAUAUAACGAGGAUUUUUUAAAAGAAUCAGAGAAGAUUGCAAGACAGAGUUUGAAAAGUGAUAAAAAUUUUAUCGAAGAAAUUCUUUACUAACAUGAGAUUUAUGAAAUUCAUACUCGAAUUCUUCAAAGUUAUUUUACUUAUUUAGAUCGAUCAUUUGUUGAAGUUUUGAAUAAUACUAGUUAAUAUCCAAAUUUGAAAUAGUAAGCCAAAAAACAAUUUUAUGAAUAAUUCUACAACAAACUAUUUUUUUCAAUAAAAGAGGAAUUCAAGGCAAAAUUAAAAUUGGAUCGAAUCCUACUUGAUAAAGAAUCACAAUUGUUACUACAAAGAGUAUAUAAAAUUAUAUAUGGCAUGAAAACAUUCUAAGAUAUAGGGAAUAAUUAAUUAAUUCAAAAAGAAAUUAAGGAGGACAGUAAAACCUAUUAUCAAUAAUAAUACAGCAACUUUUAAUAACAGUCCUUUUUGGAUUAAAUAAAAUCACUAGUUCAAUUCAAACAGGAAGAAUUAGGUAGAAUUAGAUUAAUCUUUGGAUGUGAACAAAGUGAACUUUAAAAAGAAUUAAUAGAUUUAUUUAACAAUUAUAUCAUUAAUAGUUAUGCUUCAGAUUUGAAUUCUGAUAAUAAUGACACUCUUAAAAAUAUUAUAAUUCAGGAUUAUUAUGAAUAAUUUGGUUAAUUGGUAAAAUUCUUUGACCAUUUCAAGAGCAACACACACAUUUUUGUUAGGAAAUUCCAAGAAAUCAUCAUUCAAUAGGGUUAGGAAAUCAUCGUUGAACAGAAAAACAGAAUCUCUCAAACUAAAAUCAAAUAAGAAAAGGAAGAUCAAAAAAGUAAAUUCCUAGAAUAACUCAUCUCCUUAUAGCAGUCUUAUAAGAAGUUGAUCUAUGAUCAUGCUGAAAACAACCAAUUCCUGUUAGCCAAUCUACGUGUUGCUUUUGAAAUGAUAACCGCAAAUGCUGAAUAACAUUUUAUCAUGGAGUCGCUGUUGUAAAAACUACACACUUUUACUCUUAAAAGAAUAGAUAUUGGUGAAGAAAAAUAAUUAAAAGAGGUUAUGCAACUCUUGGAAUGUUUUUAAGCUAAGGACUUAUUGUUGAGAAACUACUAAAAUAAACUAGCAUAAAGAAUACUCACACUCUUUGAUUAUCAUUCUGAUUUUGAUAAACAAAUAAUUGAUCAAUUUCGUAAGACUUAUGGACCAGAACAUACCAAGUAACUUGAGUCCAUGAUUAAGGAUUAUGAAUAAUAGAAAAAUGAGGAAAAAAUAACCAUUUCUGAUAUUGAAAUUCAAGCCAAAAUACUACAAAAAGAAUAUUGGCCUGAAAUUAGACCACAACUUAAUCUAGAUAAUAUAUUGAUUCUGAACUAAUUAAAGGCUGCUUACAGAGAGAAAUUCAAUUCUUAACAGGAAAAGAAUUAACUAAUAGAUAUCAGUUGGUAAGAUCAAUUAUCCAUGGUGGAAUUGAUGUUCAGAACUAAUUAAGAAUACAAAGUCAUCAUCGGAGUUGUUGGCGGUGCAAUUUUGUUACAAUUUAAUCAUUAAAAUAAUCCAUAAACCAGCGAGCAAUUAGCAUAAUCAAUUGGAGUCAACAACUAGUAUUUCUUAAACCAAAUCAAAUUACUAGAAUCCAAAAAGUUACUUACUAGAGAUGGAUAGGCCUACAAGUUCAAUGAAGAAUUCUCAAAUCCCAAGCUUAAAUUUAGAGUGGGCAUCAUCUUGGAAUAAUUUGUUGAAUAUUAAUAUUUAAUAGAAGAGGAUAUUUAAGGAGAUAGAAAGAUUGCCAUCCAAGCUGCAAUUGUUCGAAUUAUGAAAGGUAAAAAGACUUAAACCUUUUAAUAAUUGAUUUAAUUGGUAAAAGAAUAAUUAAAGAUGUUUAAACCAAAUGAUAUAGAUAUCAAAGAUGUUAUAGAGAGUUUAAUGAAUCAAGAAUAUUUGAAAAGAAAUCAAUAAAACAUGAAUGAGUUAAUUUAUGUUAGUUGA